GUGUGUCAUGGAAAGGUAACCGUCUCCUUGACUGCCUGGAGGACAGUUGGAAAAAUUUUCACUUCGAUUUUCACCACCGAGGAACGCGGACGUGUGAUUUGGACUUUCAAGCUCAUCCUGAAGAAAGUCGGAAGCAGCGGAUUUUUUUGGAAGAAGCAAGAGCACAGCCAGGAUGCGUGAAAUUGUGCACAUUCAAGCCGGCCAGUGUGGCAACCAGAUAGGGGCCAAGUUCUGGGAGGUAAUAUCCGACGAGCACGGAAUCGACGCAACCGGGGCGUACUGCGGCGACAGCGAUUUACAGCUGGAGCGGAUCAACGUGUACUACAAUGAAGCCACCGGCGGAAAAUACGUCCCACGUGCUGUGUUGGUCGAUCUGGAGCCCGGAACUAUGGAUUCCGUUCGGGCGGGCCCGUUUGGACAACUGUUCCGACCGGACAAUUUCGUGUUCGGACAGUCUGGCGCGGGUAACAACUGGGCCAAGGGGCACUACACCGAGGGUGCCGAGCUGGUCGACUCGGUGCUCGACGUGGUCCGCAAGGAAUCGGAAGGCUGCGACUGCCUGCAGGGCUUCCAGUUGACACAUUCGCUGGGCGGAGGAACCGGUUCCGGUAUGGGAACGCUGCUGAUUUCAAAGAUUCGAGAAGAAUAUCCGGAUCGUAUCAUGAACACGUUUUCCGUCGUUCCCUCGCCAAAAGUGUCCGACACCGUGGUUGAACCGUACAAUGCAACUUUGAGUGUUCACCAGCUGGUAGAGAACACGGACGAAUCCUACUGUAUCGAUAACGAAGCCCUGUACGAUAUCUGCUUCCGGACGCUAAAGCUGACCACCCCAACCUACGGCGAUUUGAAUCACUUGGUAUCGGCGACGAUGUCUGGCGUUACCACGUGUUUGCGUUUCCCUGGUCAGUUGAAUGCAGAUCUCCGUAAAUUGGCCGUCAACAUGGUUCCAUUCCCGCGGCUACACUUCUUCAUGACCGGCUUUGCACCGCUGACUUCUCGUGGCUCACAGCAAUAUCGCGCCCUCACUGUUCCGGAACUAACCCAGCAGAUGUUUGACGCUAAGAACAUGAUGGCUGCUUGUGAUCCACGACACGGCCGAUACCUUACGGUAGCUGCCAUCUUCCGCGGGCGUAUGUCGAUGAAAGAGGUCGACGAACAAAUGUUGAACAUUCAAAGUAAAAACAGCAGCUACUUCGUGGAAUGGAUUCCAAACAAUGUAAAAACGGCCGUCUGUGACAUUCCGCCGCGUGGUUUGAAGAUGUCAUCGACCUUCAUCGGAAAUUCGACGGCGAUCCAGGAAAUUUUCAAACGUAUUGCCGAGCAGUUUACGGCCAUGUUCCGGAGGAAGGCUUUCCUGCAUUGGUACACGGGCGAAGGUAUGGACGAGAUGGAGUUUACCGAAGCCGAGAGCAACAUGAAUGACCUGGUGUCGGAGUACCAGCAGUACCAGGAAGCGACGGCCGACGAGGAAGGAGAGUUCGACGAAGAAGAGGAGGGCGGCGAAGAGUAGAGAAGGGAAAAUUGUUGAAAUUAUCCGUUAUCAUCGUACUGUGAAUUGAAGAUCCUAUUGUUGCAAUUGCUGAAAUAAAAUCUUGUUCUCUU